AUGAUCGCGCCAAGUCAGAUCCCAGGCUCCGCGGCUGAUCGCGUCGACGUCCUUGUUCCGCUGCCCAGUGACAGGCAAAUCCUUCCAGCGGCAACGGAGCCGGAAGAAGCCAAGACUCUGAGUGAAGACUUCCUCGCUGCACUGGUGGGCCGUAUGGUGCCAAUCUCUCCCGAUCUUCUCCGGGCUACAAGAGCAGGUGAUGCUUUCCAAGGAUUUGGCAAAGCCCUCCGCGGCUCCAAGAAACUGUAUCAGCGGAGCUACAGAACCAAGCAGAUCAACAUGUUUUGGAGUCACAGCUGGCAUGGCUCAACUUGGCGAAAGUACAUGACUCUCCUCCUCUUCUACAACGGCGCAGCCGCGGCAGUCGUCGCAAGUCUUGGCUCGGCUGUGGCAUCCGUCCUCUUUGCGCUGCAGUUGCUACCCGUCGUGCAUGAACCAACUUCAAGCAAAGAUGCGUAUUGGCAAUCGUUUUGGGCAUCACUUCUCGGCAUGAUCCUGUACGUCUUGAUCUUGUUGUUUUACCGACCCCAGGUCCCUAUCUUCUUGGAUGUGAUCUGCAUAGACCAAGUGAAUGCAAAACGCAAAGGCUUCGGAUUACUGAGCAUGGGUGCGUUCCUAAAGGCUUCACGCUCACUGCUGGUUCUUUGGGAUGCCACGUAUUGUGAUCGCUUGUGGACAAUGUUUGAGGUUGCUGCCUUCUUGCAAAGCCGUGAGCAGGGCGAGACGCCAAACGUCGUUUUGAGGCCCACGAUCCUAGGGCCUUGCUAUCUCGUGCUGAUGCUGACUUUGCUCCUCGUUCUCACCAUUGGUGACAACGUCGCUUAUGCCCUCUCAGCCAAUGGCCGCUACGUAGUGUGGGCAUUUCAAUUUCUGAUUUGCUGCAUUGGCCUGUCCGUGAACACAGCCGCUUUCAGGGCCUACUUUCGAUCAGUGAGUAAUUCCGAAAAAAUGCUGGCGGGUUGGCGUCUUGCGGAUGUGAAAUGCGACUGCUGCGACACCGGACAUGUUCAUAGCCGUGGAAUCUGCGACCGAAAGGUUGUAAUGAAGUGCAUCUACCAGUGGUUCGACAGUCUUGAGAAUUUUGAAUCCCGCGUGCGAACGGAGAUCAGGGACACUUUUGUGCACGAGCAGUCCAGACAACCCUUCACCUAUACCCAAGUUGUAACUGCUCUUGCUCCAGUUAUUUGGAGCCACCUGGACCGAGCCUCGGCGCAUGCUCGCUUCACUUCGUGGGAUCCAUGGAUGCAAGCAGCCUGUCAGAUCGCACGAGGACUAGCUUGGUGGUUGGGGAUCGGUCCUGUGGCCUUUCUGAUCCAGUGUCGGCUGGCAUGUCGCUUCCAGAAGGAGUGCAGAUGGCCACCUUGCGACCCCUUUCUGAACUUGCUGCCACUGCUUGCUGUCGUGCUCGUCCUUUUUCUGGGGGUUGUGACAGAGCAACUCUUCUUCAAACUCACCCUCAUUAGGCCCGGACACGAAGACAACAUGCUCUUGUUCGCCCUGACUGUGAUCCCUCUAGCCUGGCUGCUUUACAGAUAUGUUGGGGCCGGAUCUAGGCUGGUCCAAGCGGAGAGUACCAUAAGUGCAUAA